ACUUUUUCAGUCUCCAUCUUUUUCGCAAAGAAAAAAGUGUAUGCUUGUGAAAAUUUGUCGAGGAGUAAAAGUGUCCAAAAGUUUUUUAUCUAUAAUUGUCUAUAUUUGCAAAUAAAGUAAUAAAUAUGCCAAGAGAUUAUGAUCGCGAUUACAAUGAAGAUACCAGUGAUUAUAAGAGAAAAAGGCGAACUGACGAAGAAGCCGGUGGUGGGAGUAACGCGGGAGCUGGCGGUAGUGGUGAUAUGGAUGGUCAUGGACGUGGACAGGACCAUGGGCAACCCAUGCAAUCUCAUGACGCACCACCACUAAAUGAAAAAACAAAUGCUUACCUUGAACAGUGUGAGCAGGAAAAGAAGACAUUAGGAAAAGACCAUACUGUAUGUAAGCGUUUAAUAGACGACGAAAUUGAGAAAAUUUUAGUAAGCGGGCGUAUUCCAAAGCCGGAAAUCUAUGCAAAUGUCUACAGUGAAAAACCAAUACGGGUCGCUCAAAAAGUAUUAUUUCCUAUUAAGGAAUAUCCAAAAUUUAAUUUUGUCGGUAAGAUAUUGGGACCGAAAGGUAAUACAUUACGACAACUACAAGAAGAAACAUUUUGCAAAAUGGUUGUCAUGGGGCGCAAUUCUAUGCGCGAUCAUGCUAAGGAGGAGGAGCUACGAAACUCUGGGAAUCCGAAGUAUGCGCACCUUAGCCGAGAUUUACAUGUUGAAAUAUCAACAGUAGCGCCUCCUUCAGAAGCAUACCAUCGUUUGGCCUAUGCUUUGGCAGAAAUAAGAAAAUUCAUGAUACCAGAUGCCAACGAUGACAUUCGCAUGGAACAAAUGCGCGAAAUGGACGGCAAAGAACGUAUGUACAAAAAAACCCAUUACUCGAAGUCAUACGGUGAGCAUGCGGUCUAUAGCUGUCGUACCCCGCCACCACCUACAUUUGAAAAAUCAUCAAAACCAAAGGUAUACUCUAUUUUAGAGAAAGCUCGUUAUGUUAUGGAGGAUCCGGGGUAUGGUCUUGUAAAGUCGCACAGAUCGCGUGAUCACGAGUUGUAUGAACAUCAUGGCGAAUAUGAUCGUUAUACUCCGCCACCACCGGCAAAACAUUCAAGCACACAUCACGCUCCCUAUGAAAGUGGUUCUUACGAGCGUGAUUAUCGCCGGGAAUAUCACCCCCAUUCAUCUUCGUACACUGCUGCAUAUGCAGCCAAACCAAGCAACGGUCGCUCAUCAUCUUCAUACCGACCUGCAACAUCGGGAUCGCACUCUUCCUCACAUUACGAAGCAGGAUCACGUUCACGGGAAAGCGUAAGAUAUCGUUCGGCACCAUAUCCAAAAUUGCGUUAAAAAGGUUAAAAAAGCAUUUUAGAGAACAAGAGAACAACAUUUCAAUUAAGUCCGAAUUCUAACCGUAUUAAAAAUUACAACAACGUUUAGUUUAAUCUAUUCAAUAUCCAAUAUAAAAUAUCUACAAAACAAAACAAAACAAAGAAAGGAAUAAACGAAAGAACAUACAUACAUAUAUAAAAUAUAAACUUGCAGAGUUAGAAAAUAUCUUUGAAAGUAAAAAUUGAUAUGAUAUUUAAAUCCUAAUAUCAAACCAUCAAAUUGUUCUAACAUUAAUUAAAGUAUCGCGGAUACUAAAUUUUGAAGAAAAACAAACAACAUAUAAAACUGGAGUUGAAAGUAAAAAGAAACUCAUUAGUGUACAUUUUACAAUAUAAAAACGUUUUCAUAGCAACCAAAAAUUUUAAAAUUAAAAUAUUAAAAGAGAGAAGUAACAAAAAGCAAAUAAUAUACACUUGUAAAACUCAUUUCAAUAAUACAAAACAUCGACAAUUAUAUAAAUUAUGAUUGAAUAUAAAAUCCCCAAUAGACAUAAGAAUAA